AUGGCAGAAAGACUUGUUCCAGUCAUCUCCCUGAAAGACUUUGAAAGUCGGAAGGAGGAGAUCACCGAGCAACUGGUAGAAGCAGCAGAAAAUGCUGGGUUCUUGACCCUGGUCGAUCACGGCAUCAGUGUCCACGAGAUUGAAGCACAAUUUGCCAUCUCCAAAGCUUUCUUUGGGCUGUCCCUUGAAACUAAGGGGAAAACUCCUCACAGUAAGAAGACCAAUAAUGGAUGGGAGUACAUGGCUCAACUUCGACCCAGUACCGGGAUGUAUGACCAAAAAGAGUCACUUUGGCUUCAAAGAAACUCAGAAUGGCCAAGCGAUGACGAUAUUCCCAAGUUCCGGGAGACAACCGAGAACUUUAUGACGAAAUGCGCAAGCAUUUCCGACCAAGUUCUAUCCUGUUUUGCAAAGGCUCUCGGCUUCCCUGAGGAUUACUUCAAGAUAGCAAACGAUCCCCUUCAGCCAGAUUGCCUUACCCAACUUCGCCUAAUCCAUUACCCAGCUUCAGAAAACGCUGCUGGGUCCUGGAGAGCUGGAUCUCAUACCGAUAUUGGAUGCCUGACUCUCCUUUUCCAACGGGAUGGAGAAGAUGGACUUGAGAUCUGCCCGGGGCGGGAAAGCCACUCGACUUUUGCAAUAGGGGAGACUUUCACUCCUCUUCCUGCUAAGACUGGCCCAAUUGUUGUGAACAUUGGUGAUAUGCUGAUGGCAUGGUCUGAUGACAGGCUCAAAUCCAACUUCCACAGAGUCAGAGCCAAGGACAUCGGUAAAUCUCCAGAUCGCUACUCCAUAGCCUAUUUCAACCAGAGCAGGAAAGGCUUCGUGCUCCAGGGACCGAAAAAGAAGUACCCUCCCAUGACGGUUGACGACUACUUUAAGCAAGCAGUCGCAAGGAACUUUGGGUGA